CUAUUUACUCAUUAUAUAAUUGGAUCAAGGACUCUGACGGGCAAAAUGACCGCGGAGGUAAACAAAGGUCCUAUCUUGGGCAUACGUCAUCUGCAGGCGCUGCUAAUAUUUAUAACCAUAACCUCUAUUUACCUUGGACGUCUUAAUGUGGGCGUCUCUGUUGUGGCCAUGACUAAUGCGGAGUCCACUAAUCCAUAUUUUCCCGAAUACGACUGGACAGAGGUGGAGAAAUCCUAUAUCCUGUCCAGCUUCUUUUGGGGCUACAUCAUCACUCAGUUUUUGGGUGGAUACCUGUGUAAACAGUUUGGUGUGAAGAGUGUAAUGUUCUGGGCCACCUUUGCUUCGGGCGUCUGCAGCGCCCUCACGCCCUGGUUCAUAGGCUGGGGCGGCUGGGCCAGCUACUGUGGCAUUCGCGUGCUCAUGGGCUGCGCCCAGGGACUCGUCUUUCCCUGCAUUCAUCAACAUUUGGCGCGCUGGUCGCCGCCAGAGGAACGCAAUCGCCUUGGCGCACUGAGUCACACGGGCAUCGAGUGCGGCAAUGUAUUGUCCAUGUUCGUGAGCGGCAUGAUAGCCAAGGGACCGAUGGGCUGGCCCGGCAUAUCCUAUGUAUCCGCUGGAGUGGCCUUUGGCAGCUGCACCUUAUGGUUCCUUCUGGCCGCCAAUAAUGCCACCGAAUCCCGUCUGAUAAGCGAGGCAGAGAGAAAUUACAUCGAAUCAUCUCUAAAGCAUGGAGAAAAUUAUCACAGUGCCAUCAUUCCCAUACCCUGGCGAGCUAUUUGGACAUCGGUGCCGUUUAUUGCUUUGUUGGUGACACGCUGCGCCGAGACCUGGGGCCUAAGUACGCUGCAGGCUGAAAUUCCGGCCUAUAUGAAUGGAGUGCUGCACAUGGAUAUUAAGGACAAUGCGCUGUUCUCUGCUCUGCCCUUCAUGGCCAUGUGGGUUAUGUCCUAUGUCUAUCUGGUCUGUGCCGAUCUGCUGCUCACGAACAAAUGCAUGACACUGACAUUCCUGCGUAAGACCUUUAAUACGAUGGCUUUUUGGAUACCCGCUGCUACGCUCACUGGCGUUGGCACUAUCGAUGUGAACCAGAAGACGGUGGCCAUUGUAUUGAUGACUCUUAGCGUGGGCUUUAACAGCGGAGCCACCAUUGGCAGCUCUCUGAACUCCAUUGAUCUGUCGCCCAACCAUGCCAGCAUACUCAUGGGCAUUAUUAACACAGCCGCGAAUGUGGUACCCAUUGUGACACCACUCGCCGUGGGUCUGAUUGUCAAAGAUAGUGGUGAUCGCACUCAAUGGCAAAUAGUGUUCACAAUAUCUGCCGUGAUAUUCUUUGCAGGCAAUUGCAUUUUCUUGGCAUUUGGCUCGGCUGUUUCCCAGCCCUGGGAUGCCGAAGACUUUCUGUUACGACCCGAGCCCGAGCUGGCAAACCCUCCAGCUUUAAGCGAAAAACCCGAAUCGAAAAAGACGAUCAGCAGUUAACCGGAACCGAUAGGCCGCAAUCUGCUAGCAAUUGACUUGAACGAGUAUUAUUUUAAAUCACAUCAUAAACCCAAAAGAAAUCUGCGAGUGUUUUAUUUGGCAAUUGACUAAAGUGAUAAGCCAAGGAGUGUCAAGAAAUAAAGUUAUAUGUACUCAACAGUUGCCAUAUAUACUCAACAGCAU